AUGGAGAACAGAAAGGAUAUGGUGAUGUUUCUGGAAGGAGGUCAACUUGGCACUCUAGUUGGCAAGAGGGUAUCUAAUUUGUCAGAAGCAGUGGGGAGCCCGGCUCCUGAGCCGCAGGAGAAGAUGAUCCACCGGAGUUGCCUGAGCCCCCGGUCUGGCCCCUUGGCGACUCGGGAACGAGGCGAGGAGGAGGAGGAGGAGGAGGAGGAGGAAGAGGCGGCGGUGGCGGCCGGGCGGACAGGGACGGUCCCCGAGUGUCGCUCAGCGGGGUCGGCCGUGCUCGGGGCCGGCCCGCAGCCGCCCCCGGAAGCCGUCUCCGGCAAAGGACAGCAGAGCAGCUCGGACACCGAGUCGGAUUUCUAUGAAGAAAUCGAGGUGAGCUGCACCCCGGACUGCGCCACGGGGAACACCGAGUAUCAGCACAGCAAAGGGCCCUGCUCGGAGGUGGUGGCGGUCAGUCCCAGCAGCGGGGGGGAGCCCCCCAAGGGCAGCGGAGGCGGCGGCGGGGGCGGUGGCGGCGGGGGAGGCGGUUCCCAGGCCUCUUUGGCCUGCAGCGCCAGCGAUCAGAUGCGCCGCUAUCGCACCGCCUUCACCCGGGAGCAGAUCGCCCGGCUGGAGAAGGAGUUCUACCGGGAAAACUACGUGUCGAGGCCCAGGAGAUGCGAGCUGGCGGCCGCCUUGAACCUGCCAGAGACCACUAUCAAGGUCUGGUUCCAGAACCGACGGAUGAAGGACAAGAGGCAGCGGCUGGCCAUGACCUGGCCUCACCCAGCCGACCCCGCUUUCUACACCUACAUGAUGAGUCACGCGGCGGCCACGGGCAACCUGCCCUACCCCUUUCCGUCCCACCUGCCCCUUCCUUACUACUCCCACAUGGGCCUCGGGGCCACCUCGGCCUCGGCCGCCACCCCGUUCAGCACCCCACUGAGGCCCCUGGAUACCUUUCGGGUGCUGUCCCAUCCCUACCCUCGGCCCGAACUGCUGUGCGCCUUCCGCCACCCCUCCCUGUAUCCGGGCCCGGGCCACGGCCUGGGGGGAGCAUCAGGAACCAGCGCCUGCUCCUGCUUGGCUUGCCACACAGGCCCAUCCAACGGGCUGGCUGCACAGAGACCUUCCGGUUCAGACUUUACCUGCUCCUCCACCACCAGGACGGACUCUUUCCUCACUUUUACGCCCUCGGUACUGAGCAAAGCAUCUUCAGUCUCCCUGGAUCAGCGGGAAGAAGUCCCUCUUACAAGAUAA